AUGGUGAAUUGUGGGUGCGGAAUACCGGUUGCAAGAAGGACUUCAUGGACACAUGAAAAUCCUGGAAGAAAGUUCAUUGCUUGCAAGUUCUACAACCACGAAACUGAACAAAGGGGCUGCAAUACCUUUGAAUGGGUUGACGAGGAGAUACUGGAUUGGCAAGGAGAUAUCACUAAUAUUCUUAUAGCUGAAAAACACAGGCAUGCUACUGACAAUCAUAUCCUGACAAUGAAGCUGAAUUCUGUUGCACAUGAGAAGUGCAGGCUAGCUGAGGAGGUGCAGAUAUUGAUGAAAAAAUUAGUUAGGAUCCCUAAGACUUCUACAGUGGUUGUGAAGGAACAAGCAAGGAUAUCUAUUGUGGGAGUGUGUAUUGUUGUUGUUUCUGUUGUAGUGAGUUUCAUUUUUGUGAAACUCUUUGGAUAG